UGCUUACUCAAUAGUGUCUGAGAACUUUUCACUUCUUAACUAGAACUCAAAGAUCGCUCUGCUGGGAGGGGGACGCUCGAUACUCAGGUCAUCACUGAGAAUGAUUACUGCUGCAGAAUAUGGAAACACAUCCUGGGAGCUCACUGUGCAGAUUGAUCACGAUGAAACAAAAAUGGAUUAUAAACUGAGGGUGAAGGGAGAUCUUCAUAUUGGUGGACUGAUGCUGAAAUUGGUGGAGAAAAUCCAGAUUCCCCGAGACUGGUCUGACUAUGCUCUGUGGUGGGAACAGAAGAACUGCUGGCUGUUGAAAACCCACUGGACAUUGGACAAGUAUGGCGUCCAGGCAGACGCUAAACUCCUUUACACACCUCAGCACAAGCCUCUGCGACUGCAGCUUCCCAACAUGAAGACUGUGAAACUGACUGUCAGCUACUCCGCUGUGGUCUUCAAGACAGUCACUGAAAUCUGCAGAGCACUCAAUAUCAGGAGACCAGAGGAACUAUCCUUGUUAAAGUCUCCAGAUGAUGCAAUGAAAAAGAAAAAGAAAAAAGACAAGCAGAAAGAUACAAUUAUUGAAGAAAUUUUGGAUAUGGAUGGCUUAAACAUAUCAGCAGGAAAUACAGCUAGUCCUGGACUCUAUAGUAAAACAAUGAUACCAACAUAUGACCCAGAGAAUGGCACCCCUGCUUCAGCAACAAGCCUUUGGUUCGGAGACAAUCCUUUAACUGUCAGCCAGCCAAACCUGCAACAUGAUGAGCUCAUCAAAAUGUACCAGCCUCUACAGCUAGUUGACAAGGCAAUCAUGAACUCAGGGUGGUUGGACUCCUCUCGUUCCCUCAUGGAACAAGACAUCCAUGAGGGUGACAAGCUGUUGUUGCGCUUCAAAUAUCACUGCUUCUUUGACCUUAACCCAAAAUAUGAUGCUGUCAGAAUAAACCAGAUAUAUGAACAGGCAAGGUGGGCCAUUCUCUUGGAGGAAAUUGACUGCACUGAGGAAGAAAUGCUGAUAUUUGCAGCCCUGCAGUACCAUAUAAGCAAGCUGACAAUGUCAUCUGAACCACUGAAUUCCUCAAAAGAGCCUGACGAGGAUGAAGUAGAAGCUGCCCUUACCAGUUUGGAAGUGACACUUGAGGGAGGAAAUUCAGACAGAAUCCUGGAGGACAUCACAGAUAUCCCAAAGCUUGCAGACACCCUUAAAUUGUUUAGACCUAAAAGGCUGACACUGAAACCAUAUAAAGAGUACUGGUUUGUUUUUAAAGACACCACAAUAUCAUACUACAAGAAUAAGGAAUCAGCCACUGCAGAGCCCAUUGAGCAGUUCCAUCUCAGAGGUUGUGAAGUUGUUCCCGACGUAAAUGUCUCAGACAAAAAGUUUGGAAUAAAGCUCCUACUUCCUGUUGCUGAUGGCAUUAAUGAAGUGUACAUUCGAUGUGAAAAUGAAACCCAGUACGCAAAGUGGAAAGCUGCGUGCAUUCUCGCUUCGAAAGGGAAGACUAUGGCUUACAGCUCCUACAGGAGUGAAGUCCGCAACAUUCAGUCCUUUCUGCAGAUGAAAAACCUGGCAACUCCCUCUGGACAGACGUCCCUCGACCCUGAAACCAUGGAAAUGAAUUCGGAGUGCUUUGUGUCUCCCAGAUAUGGAAAAAAGUACAAAUCCAAACAGCUUUCAGCCCGAAUCCUGGAGGCCCAUCAGAAUGUUGCUCAGUUAUCUCUCAUGGAAGCCAAGAUGCGCUUUAUUCAAGCUUGGCAGUCCCUGCCAGAGUUUGGCAUUAAAUACUACAUUGUAAGGUUUCGAGGAAGCAAAAAAGAUGAGAUACUUGGAAUUUCCUACAAUCGACUCAUACGUAUAGACAUGUCAACAGGGCUUCCAAUUACAACAUGGAGAUUUUCCAAUAUGAAGCAAUGGAAUGUGAACUGGGAGAUUCGGCAGGUGACCAUUGAUUUCGACCAGAAUGUGUCUAUUGCAUUUUCCUGUCAGAGUUGUGACUGUAAGGUGGUACAUGAAUAUAUAGGAGGAUAUAUAUUCUUGUCAACCAGAUCCAAGGACCAGAAUGAAACCUUAGAUGAAGAAUUGUUCCACAAACUAACUGGUGGUCAGGAAUAAGCCUGUAUAAGCCUGUGAUUUUAAAAGGCUCGUACUUACUACAGGUCUCCCAGAGCUCAAAUUCAUAUUUGAAUCUGAAGUACAGUGGAAAUGUGGUACAAAAAUGUGAUAUAAAACUUCAAUUUCUGUCUAGUUUCCAGCAAAAUAAAUGUCAGCACCUACCAUUUUGCUAAAUAAAUAAAAGAUGUAGCAAACAACGCAAUUCAAUAAACUGAGGAACUUACUUUUACCCAUGAAUCUUUCUUAUCACAUUCAAACUCUGAACCUGUUUUUUUCCUAUCACGUAUUAAUAUAACAUUUCAUGUUUUUUUUUUUAAUUGACACAUAAUAAGACCAUUCUUUUCAUGCUAAUUCUACAAAAAAUACUGAUAGUGCUGGUGGAUUAUAAUACUAAACAAUACUUGGUUGCAUCUUCUGGUGUUGCUUCAUAAACUUAGAAUCAACAUCAAUGCUUUAAGAUUAAUAUUUCCAUUUCACAAUUGAUUUGAUUAUUUUUUCUUCAGGUUGCCACUAAUUGUAGUUCUUUAAGUUUAUAUAGGCAAGCUAGAGAAGCUCCCUAGGACACCAAGCUAAAUGAAGCAUCAAAUUUGAGGAAAAAAUUUAAAAAUAAUGUAAGAAAAGUAAAACAUAUUUCAAAAAUAGAAAUACUGUAACAAAUGGCAUUAUUUCAGUUCACAUGUAGGUAUUUUAUUCCUAGACAAUUCUGAGAGUUUGUGCUCAAAUCAAGACAAUAAGACCUGAAUUGUGCCCUGCAUUCUGUCACUCCAUUCCACAAGGGUACAUCACUACUGCUUCUCGCCUGCACUACCGCCUGUGUUACUACCAUAGAGCGGAUACACAGAGUUAUUGUCUUUCAACAUUAUAAAUCCAGAAUGUGAGUAUGUUUAAGCAUUAUUAAACUGAGCUACAGGAUAUUGGGGUGCAUAAUUAUGAACUUUUCUAUCUUAUAACUGGUUACUUGUAGUAAGAAGUAAGGUUCAUUGAUUAAUUAGUCAUGUAUUUAUCAACAUUCAUUUGAUAAUAUUGUUUCCACUUAAGAGGUCUAAAACAAUGGGUAGAAACUGAGUACUGUAUGUACAGUAGCUGUAUUUGGGCUAAGAGAGAGGAUCAAAAGGAAGCUUCUUGAGAGUUGGUCUGGUUACUCAAAACGAAGAAUACACGUUUAACACGCAUUAAGAGAGCAUAAAAAAUGAGAGAGAGUGGUCAGGGAAAGGAGAUAAAGACAGACAGGGAAGGAAAGGUGCAGCAGGACCAAGUGACAACCUUGUUUUGUAAAUUGAACCUUGAUAAAGACAGCUUACUGUCCUGUUAUUUAAGGAAAUUCUAAGUCCCUUUACUGUGAGUUUAACAAGCUCAAAACAUUCCCUCCUAAUUUUGUGACGCAUUUUUUUUAGAAUAGAAACAUUAAUUAGUGAAGAGAGAUUUACCACUGGGCAAAUUCUGGCAAUAUGACACAUUCAGAAACAAACGCUCUUUCAAAUGGCCUUUCCAAGUUCAAAUUUGUGACUUCACUCAUUUUACAAUACAACAACCUUUUUGAGAUAAACCUCAGAAGUAAGCAGCUUCAGGAAAAUAACUUGAACAUAUCCUCUGCUAUUCAAAACUAGGAGCAAACUACAUUCUAGAAGAAUUCAGAAGUGAGGAAACGUUCAAAAGAAGGUCGAGGGCAUUUGCUUACUGUAUUGAGCCAGUCCAGUGUAGCUUUGGCCUUUUUUCAUGCUGAAAGGUGAAUUUCUCAGUCUCAGUUUUAUGUCUGAAGCAAGUUUUCCUCUUAAGAUUUGACAGUAGUUUGCUCCAUUUAUGUCCAAAUCCUAUUUGACAAGCUUCUCGGUACCUGCUAAUAAGAAGACAUAUUACAUAAUGCUUCUUGAGUUUGCAUCAGAUGCAAUGCUUUGCAUUUAGACCAAAAAGUUCUAAUGUCUGAUGUCUGAGCACAUCACCUUUUGCCACAUAUUUGCAGUAUCACUUUGUUGAAAAGCCCUUGAGGUACUCGAGAUGUCUUUAUAGUUCCAUAAAGCCCCUUUUGUAGAGUGACCAUGGACAUUUUCUCUCAUCUCACCUAUUAAGCUGCGUAACCUUCAAAGCUGCCUUUGGCAUCCUUACCCAGUUGCCUCCCUUGACUGCUCAUUUUGGAGGAGCAGUCUGAUCUAGGCAACAUCUGGGUGUCUUCUACUGUACUUCUUAAUGAUUGACUUCACCUUGCUUUUAGAGAUUAAGGUUCGUUAAAAUGUUUAAUACCCUUUACCUUAUCUGUAAUAUUAUUCAGCUUUAUCCUUGAGUUAUUUUAAAGAUCUUUAGUCUUUCAGAUUGAAUCUUCACUUGAAAUUCAUUCCUUGAUUCAUGGACCUUACAGAGAUAUGUGUAUUUAUUCUGAAAUCAUGUAAACCAUUGUUAAUGCACACUGACAGAGACCAACUAAUUGUGUGGCUCUUAAGGUUGACUUUUUUGCACCUAUUUUGCAUAUAUUUUCUUCAUUUUGGUUCUUACUUUAAAUAUGUGGAGUAGAUAGGGUACAUAAAUAUUGCUACUUCAAAAUGACUUCAAGUUUUAAAGCAACAAAAUUUGAAAACUGUGGAAGGGUCCAAAUUCAUUUGCAGGUCACAAAGAGUAAAAGCAUCUGUCCAGAGAAGAGAUUCUGCUAUUUUUUUACUUUGCAUGGACAGUGUACCUGUGUUUACCGAAACUAGAUUAGGUCAGGUAUCUGGGUCCUUGGUUUGCUCUGUGAUAAUGAUAAUGUCUCCAGCCUGAUACCUGCAGGCAUCAGGUAUCUUUCUAAGUGGCAGCGGUGUACACACUCUUCCUACUAACUAAUCUCUGCUGUUAUAGAUCUGGGUUUACAGCAUACGAUAAAUAAAUAAUUGGUUUUGCAAACUAUGCUCUAGAAUUGAAGGAAAAAGUAUUCAGAUUUAAAAAAAAUAUCUUGAAAAAUAAUUUUGAAAAACAGCAUUCUGUAGGUCUAUAAGCUAAUAUUUUUCCAAUAUAUUGUUCAAAUUUUAUGGUGACAUCCCAUCAUGACUGAAUGCCAAAGAAUUCAUUCUUGAAAAGGAUAACAACCAAUCUUCAAUAAGAAAUCAAUAAGAUUGUAUUUAUUAAAUUGUAAGCAAUAAAUGUGAACUUGCCAUCAGUAUAAUCAGGUAGUAGUAAUUUUUACAGUUAUUUUAGGAGUGUUAUAUUCCCCAUUAAGGUGGUUUAAAUUUGAUAAUAGGAGAAGUAUGUCAGGGGUAUUCCUUACGAGAUAAGAUAGAGUUCUACUGUUGACAUUUCACAUUCCAUACAUUUUCAAGGAAACAAAGAAUGUUUUUUGAAGACUGAUUUGAGACUUUUGUCUAUACUGUGUAGUAAUAUUUUGAAUCUAACUUCCCCAUCUACAUGGUGUCAUCUGGUCUCUGUCAGUGAAGGUUUGAAAGUUGUCUCGAUUGUAUAAAAAAACAAUGCUCUGUUAGUCUGGCAAUUUGUAACUUUAAUGUACAAUGAUCUUUUUCUUUGCAAAAUAAUGCAUUAAAUGCUUAGAUUAACUGCA